UAGUAUUGAACGCAAAUCUGCUGGCUGUUUAGUUUUACUGAGAGCGAGUACCGGAACUGGACUGUUGUCGCACAAUCUUACAACGGUUAUAUUUACACUUUCUGUCCGCGAUUAAUACAGUAGUUUAGUGGUCUGCGCCAUGGCUUUGUACGGGUGUGUCGGAGCCAUGGCUUUACCUAGCGAGCUUAUCGUCCAUAUAUUUUCAUUCUUGUCCGACCGUGACAAGCUUCGGGCCUCGUCCGUGUGCUCUCGCUGGAGGGAGUGUCUGUUUUACCCAUCGCUUUGGACGGAGCUGAAGUUGCGUGUCGGAGGUGGUGCAAACCGGGAAGGCUCUGGCUCCGAACAGACCCCAAGAUUAGAAUUUCUCAUGAGGAACUUUGGCUCUUUCGUGCGGGAGCUACAUCUCGAGGUUACCCCUGUGGACGGAUAUCUAAGCCCACUGAGCGGAGUGGAGGGCAGGAUAGAACCUGUAGAACGCGACCCUCAAUUGCUUGAUCGCUGGAAAGACUCAAUGAUCACCUAUUUGGAACAGGUGUUGUGUGUGCUCGGAUGUAUUCGAAACAACAGAAAUCUCCAGAAGCUGAGUCUGUAUGGGGAUACCUGCAUUCUUCAGGAUGAGGGCAUUCUGGACAGUGCCUAUCUCCAGCAGGUUGACCAAGGAGGCAAGAAAAUCAAAGAGAUCCAACAGCUGUUAGUGGAGGUUCUGUCUAACAGCAGGAAGAUAAAGUGGCUGUCGUCCGCCUUCAUGCUGGGCGUGGUGACCCCAUGCUCCCUGGCCUCUCUGUCCAACCACAGCGCAGGCUCCCUGGAGCACCUCGGCUUGCUGGACAACCAGCUGCCUUGCCUGGUCUCCCCUGUGGAGCUGGAGCGGCUGGUCCACCUGCGUUCCCUGGCCCUCGACUUCUGUGACUUCACCUCUGAGUUGAGCCACCUACUGGCUGGUGGAGACCGUGCUCCGCUACACCGUCUCUCCCUGAUGCUCAACGGUGCUGCUCUGGAGGCUAAGCCGCUCGAUGGCACCGCCAGUGAGGACGACUGGAAGGCCCUGGUUGAACGCAGCGCUAACCUGCGGGUCUACGUGAUGGCACUGGAUGUGUGCAGCCAGAACCUGCUGAGGGUGCUAAAACCAAGCCUGCCUCUGGAGAGGAUCCACCUGGACAGCUACUCCACCUUGGUCACAGACGGAACCCUGGAGCUCAUUGCCCAGCAGUACAACAAGACCCUGAGCCACUUCGUCCUGAUGAGGGAUGACACCGGCUUCCCUGACCUUGGCAUCAACCGAAACGAGGACCCGCUGGUCCUACUGGCCUGGCGCUGCGUACACCUCUCUGUAUUGGUCAUCCACGGCUACACUGUGUGGUCCCACAACCUGGUGGCCAUCUCCCGUCUACGUGGCUCCAGCCUCAAGGUCCUGGCUGUGUCCGAGGAGAGCAUUGACUUCGACCCAGACCAGAGGGUCUUCAUGGAGGGUGACCCCGUCCACAACCUGGUGAAGGAGGUGUCGCUGGGCCUGGGGCGCGUCUGGCACCCUUCUAUGGACUCCAACCUGGUCCUCAGCGAGCCCACCCAGCACUUCCACAGGGAGAUGCAGAGCUUCAGCUUGGGCAUGUAGGCUAGAGCUGCAGCCGCCAGACCGGGCAGCCAUCUGGGUCGUGUUCAUUAGGCGUCAAACAAAAGAAAACAAGACCUAAACAGGAGGGACCCCACUUCACCAAUAAGCAACGCAAAUUUUCUGUUACAAAACGUUUUCCAUUGAAUGACCUAAUGAAUACAACCCUGGUCUGGUCUUGACUGCUGCACAUGCUCAGUGUUUGUCUUGGGACCUAUAAGGUGGUUAGAUCAUCAUCUCAUUUACAUACGUUUAUCUUUUAAUUGUGUUUAUUUUCUUCUCUGUAGCAUGAACUUAUCCUUUGUGCCGUGUUUACCAGUAUUAGCUCUAUAUUUAUAUCUAUCUAUAUAUAUCCUGCUUAUGAUUAGGAGAGUAUAGUUGAAUAUUUGUUUAGUAGCUAAAUGAGCGAUUGGUGUUGUAAGGAGGCUUUUCUACACAGCUAGCUUAGUUAGUUGUAUUGCAAGUUUUCUUUUUUGCUUUGUGUUUUGUCUGUCAGCAAGUGCUGAGUUAAGAAGUUAAUCCACCUUGGCUUUUUGCAAUGAUGGAAUCCUGUGUACUUGUUCGUGCAAAUCUUUUAAAAUGGGAGAUUAGUCUUGUAGUCUUCCGGCAGAGGGAGGGACCGUGCUGAUGGAGUGUGUGGUUAGGCCCCCCCCCCAGCCCAGCAAGAUCCUGUCUGCUCUUUACUUUUGUGUUUUGGAGAUGAUAUUGUUGCUAUGUUACGGGACUAAGAUCCUGCUGGUUCUUCUCAACCCAGAGGUGGGAUAUGAUCGGUUUCCACACAGAGUUUCCUACGUUCUGCUGCAGUACUUAAGUCAGGGGUUAGCGUUGCGAGUCGUACGCUGCAGUUUGCUCUCAGAAAAAUCCUCUCUCAGGUGGGCAAAACAUGAUUAUAUGAAGAUGAUGAGGAUGUAUAUACUAUGAAACAAUCAGCUAGUCUGUCGGUGUAAUGCCGUUUUCUUCACAUUUGCCUUGGAAAACCCCUUGUUUUCUAGUAUCAGUAGUUUUUGCCAUCCAAUCUGCCCGUUUUACCAUGUGGGGUAAACAAACUUAGUCGUACAUUUGUUUUAAGAUUAAGGUGUUUAAACAAUGGCAAAAAGCUACUCCUUGCACAUGUUUCUCUUGUUCACAGCUAUGUUGGCUGACUCCAGGGCCACAGUGUUUCACCAGCUGAACGUUGGAUGGAGGGAAGCGUUUGCUUGCUUGCUUCCAAAUCUCAGGAUUUUUGCACUUCCAGUAAAUGUCUCCAUUUGAAGGCUUUCUUUUAAUAUAAAGCUUUCUGUUGAUCUGCGGGCCAGUGUGCGUGGUGGUGUGACUGGAUACUAAUACUGUGGGAAGAGCUCUUCCAACACUACGCAUACCAGAGGUUGUUGAUUUUAUUUUUCUAGACACGCCUUCUCGUUUCCUCUUAACUUUUAAAAAGGUUAACAUCCUCGAUGUGCGUCUGUGAAAAUACUUUUAAUGGCGUUUUCUAUUGUGUAUUUGACGUUUUAGAGCUCAGAGUAGUAGAGGGAAUCUGAGUUUGAUAGCUUCAUAUUUACAUUCUACCACUGAGCAAACAACCUUUUUAAUGUGUAAAGUUGUCUGCUAUCCAGAAUUCCCCUUAUAUAUCCAUAUUUUUUUUGUUGCUUGUAAAGCUUCGGGAGCCAGUCUUGACUGAUAACGCAGUAGUGUGUGUGGCUUUGAAUAGGUGACCUGUGGUUGUUCUGUACUGCUGAGAUGUUGGAACAGUCUGGAAAAGAGGAGUGUAGGUUUCUCUUGUUCUUGUGUGAUUUGUGAAGCUGUCGGUCGGCUAUUACUAUUUGUAGUGUUCCUCCGUGCCCAUAACUUUCAUUGGUACUACCAAAGCCAGCCAUUUUAGUCAAGGAAGAGAAACACAGUAUGCAAAGUUCUGUAUAUUGAGGGGAAAAUAAGUUUGCCUAGAAACAGCUGGCAUCGGAUGGCAAGGUGUGUGCUAUCCAUGGUUCAAACAAUGUAACGAUCAGCCUAUGGGAUCCACUACUAACCUGUUUAGUUGUGGCAGUAAGAUAUGUGCCUGCAUGCAAGGUUCCACUUGGGUUAAACUUACAUAGUCUAUCGACGGUUGAUGCAUGAGAAGUGAUAAAGGAAUAUUGAAAUUAUAUACAUGUUAACAGAGGGAUUCUUACCUUUUUUUGUUUUUAGUACCACACCAAAAAGGAUGUAGAUAAUAUUCUAUAUUUGGAGUUAACUUGUUUAUGCUGAAAAGGGGUAGUGUAAGACCUUGUUAGAAUAUGACAAAUGCCAGACAAUUGUUACAAUGUGUAAAACAUCCUAAUGCUGUGCCUAAAUCCAGUGUAGCUUUUGCUCUUUUUUUUGUGUGUGUUCAGUUCUAGUACAGCAUUUCACUACCGUUUAAAGCAUUUCUGCAUUUUUUUUGUUGUUGUGGGGGCUGGUUGUGUGUGUAAAGUUUCAGAAGUGCAUACAUCAAAGAAGGGGGUGUAUGGUGUGCUUGAAGCAAAGCAUGGUGUACCGCUUUCUCACCCGUGAGCAGGAAACAACCUUUCCAUGAGGUGUUCCAUACCUAAAAGAUAAAUGAUGAAAGUUAGGAAGAAUCUUUCUCCCAACAAGUCACUGGUUUCAACAAAACGGUCUGUCAGCGUGUCUGCAUCAGCUGCCAAAGAUAACUGUCGGAAACGACCCUUAUGAAGUGCCAACGUGCUGGCAUAGGGCAGGGCCAAUGGCUGAUCAGCCAAAAUGUACUACUAUGACUGCUCUUCCACAAAGUACUACUAUGACUGCUCUUCCACAAAUACUACUAGAAAUAUACCUACUGAAUAUGGGGUGAAGUUGGACCACAUGUGGUGCACAGCUGUGCUGUGGCUUGGUCAACAACAGAGCUCUAGCUCACCAAUUUCAUUGUGAAAAGUGAAUGUCAUUUAAGUAUAGAUAAAAUCAAGUUUGGUUGAUUCUUUCAGCCCUGUACGCUGCUAUGAGACCUGUCAGGAACAUUCCACUGGGGAGUUAAAAACCAACAGAAAAUGGCCAAAUGUCUGUAUGAAAGGAAUUUUUUUAAUUUAAAUAUUUUUUUUAGGGGUAAUUGGAUCCAGUAAAUGAUGCACAAUUGGUCUUUGCUGAAAAAAUGGUUUGCUGUGUGAAGUCAUAUAGAAGUGGUUGUGCAGCCCAGUCUCACUUUGCAUGUUAACAGGCAUAGCAGUGGAGGUAUUUUAUUUUUAUAUUCUGGAGAAAAGUUAUUACAGUUAUUUUAUUUUCUUGACAUUUUAUAUGCCAUCACAAUCCUCAUCUCUCUUGUAGAAAAGGAGGAAGCUAUAUAGCGACAGUGAGCUGCUUGAGGGCAGGUCCAUCAGAGUUAACUGUUACCUGUAGAACCUCAUUGUGCUUCGAAAGCUACAGCUAAAUGACCUCGUACCAGCCUUAUUAAGAGCGUAAACGCUUGAAGAGACCUGAGGUGAGGAUUCUGUUUUGUUUUAUUCCAUUAUUAAAAACCUGCACCACUAUCAUACCACAGUUCACUGUUGUGGGGGUCAGGAGGGAGGUGAGCUUAAAACAUGUCACAACUCUUAAUGGCUUGCUUGCAUUACAGCCAAGUCAAACGCAUAUAAUCCAGUGGCUUUUAUUUUUCUGUCACUUACAAAUGGAAAUAACAAUGUGAUUGUUUUAAGAUCUUGAUUCUUUGGAAGCGAAACUCUGUUUCAAAGGCUACCGUGGGUUACAGACAUGGUCUCUAUGAGACUGGCCAGCAGGCCCCAGUUUUAAGUGGUAUGAAUGUUGUGCAUUUGUUUAAAAUCAGGAUAUUUUAAUGCAAAAUAAGUCAUACAAGUGGCCAUGGGGCACUAGCAGUGCGAACACCUAGGCUGUGUCCUUAUAAGCUUUCGGGGAAGAAAAUAACUGCGUAUUUGUAUAUAUCAAUACAUAAUGUAUACUCUUAUGCAACAUAUUUCCGGGGCUCUAUUUAUGAACGUUUAAGCUUUAAGGUGGUUUUACCAUUUUUGCUAAAUGUUUAAAUAUUUGAGACAUAGUUGACAGAACAGCUGUCCAAGUGAGCGCAUUGGAUAUGUACAGUACAUCUGCAAAUGGGAAAUCCACUGGUGCAGGUGUGAAAAUGCCAAGUGUAGAGAAUUUUGAUUUGAAAAAGUGAUGCAAGAUAGCUAAAGAAGGAAAAGCCUAAGUGACAUAUUGGGUAAACCAGCUGAAUGUUGAAUGGUUAUUUUUUAAACCAGUGAAUAAAAGCAUUACAAAAGACAAA